AGUAAAUAAGAUUACAAAUUGGGGCAAACCUAACAUAGACAAGUACUUUUCCUUUCCCGGUUUCUUUUGUUUCUCCUAAGAACCCUUACGAGCCCUAGCAACUGGGCGACCAGUUUUCCGUCUGCCUGAAGCCACCGGAUUUUUAUCAAGGGGUUCAAUUUUCUUACACCUAAAGCUAAAAAGUUCAACAGUUGUAGUCAGUGGGAAUUGAACUUGUACCUUUUACAAGGUAGGGGCAAGGUCUGCAAGACCCCACCAGGGUAUGUUGUUGUUGGGAAUUGAACUUGUGUCCUCAAAGAGAAUUUGAACCCCCUUUACGACUGAACUAAGCUUUUGGCUUGUGUCAAGGUAUUUUUGCUUUUAAGUAAUCAAUGGAUCCUAGUGAAAACAGGCUAACUCAAGUUACUCCCGCUCAUAGUGGUUUUGAGAAUGAAAUAGGUGGUAUGGAUGACCGAGAUGAAGAAAAAAAUUCCAGAAAAAGAAGAUCGGGUUCUAAGUAUAGCUCCUAUGACUAUGAGGAUGAAAAGGAAUCUUCAAGAAGCAAGGAUAAGGAGAGGGAGAAAGGGAAGGAUAGAGAUAAGGAUCGGGAAAAGGAUCGUGAUCGUCACCAUCGAGAUCGGAGUGAGAGGCGGAGGACCAGAGAUAGAGAUGAUGAUGUUGACAAUUAUCAUCAUAGAAAUCGGGAUGACGACAGGCACAAAGAUUAUGACAGAGAUAGAGAUGGGAGGCACAUACAUAGGUCAAAAUCUUAUGACAGGGAGAGAGAGGAAAGACAUAGACACGGGUCUAAAUCCUAUGACAGAGAUAGAGAGGAAAGGCAUGGACACAGAUCUCACUCAAGGGGAAGAUCUGGGCAUAGAUCAACAUCACGAUCUCGCUCCCGGUCUCGUUCACGCUCCAAAAGCAAAAGGAUCAGUGGCUUUGACAUGGCACCUCCUGCAUCUGCUCUAUUACCUGUUGUUCCUGGUGUUGCUGGCCAACUUCCCAGCACCGCCCCAGUCAUUCCUGGAAUACUUCCUAACAUGUUCCCAUUGGCAUCUGGACAGCUAGGAGCUCUUCCUGUUAUGCCAUUCCAGGCAAUGACUCAGCAGGCAACUAGACAUGCACGCCGAGUUUACGUUGGUGGACUUCCUCCAAGUGCAAAUGAGCAGUCUGUGGCAACCUACUUUAAUCACGUGAUGUCUGCAAUUAGUGGGAACACUGCUGGUCCAGGAGAUGCUGUCGUUAAUGUUUAUAUAAAUUAUGAGAAGAAGUUUGCUUUUGUUGAGAUGAGAUCUGUGGAGGAAGCUAGUAAUGCUAUGGCCUUAGACGGCAUCAUCUUUGAGGGAACAGCGGUUAAGAUUAGAAGACCAACUGACUAUAAUCCUUCCCUGGCUGCCGCUCUUGGUCCCAGCGAACCAAAUCCAAACCUGAACCUUGCUGCCGUAGGAUUAUCACCAGGUUCUGCUGGUGGGCUUGAGGGUCCUGAUCGUAUAUUUGUCGGUGGUCUUCCUUAUUAUUUCACUGAAGCACAGAUUAGGGAGUUGCUGGAGUCAUUUGGUCCUCUCCAGGGUUUUAACCUGGUCAAAGAUAGAGAAACUGGAAACUCAAAAGGCUAUGCCUUCUGUGUCUACCAGGAUGUAUCAGUUACAGACAUUGCUUGUGCCGCUCUUAAUGGCAUUAAGAUGGGUGAUAAAACUCUUACUGUCAGGCGUGCAAGCCAAGGUACUCUAGAGCCUAAACCCGAGCAGGAGAGUGUUUUAAUGCAUGUUCAACAACAAAUAGCAAUACAGCGACUCAUGUUACAACCCGGUGGACUACCUACAAAAAUCUUGUGCCUAACACAUGUGGUUAGUGCCGAUGAGCUGAAAGACGAUGAAGAUUAUGAAGAUAUAAUGGAAGAUAUGAGAACUGAAUGUGGAAAGUUUGGUAAUUUGGUGAAUUUAGUGAUUCCACGACCGAGGCCCGAUGGUGAACCAACUCCAGGGGUUGGAAAGGUGUUUUUGGAGUAUGCUGAUGUGGAAAGUGCUUCAAGAGCUCAACAAGGGUUGAAUGGCAGAAAAUUCGGUGGAAAUCAAGUUAUUGCUGUCUUUUAUUCAGAGAACAAGUUUUUUGAGGGGGACUAUGAGAGCUAGUCGUGUGCGCUCUGGAUUGGCAGUUGCGCACAGUCAAAUGAUGUGUUGUACUAAAUGACAGAUACUUCCAGUUCUUGCUUGUGAUCUAGUUCCAGCCAUCAUGACGAGAGCGAAUGAGUGAUUCUGAAUAUAAAUUUCCUUGGAGGUGUGACUGACUAUAGUGGAUGCCAACAAUUGUAAUAGAAUAGAUACAGAACUAGCAAGGAAGUACCAUAUGCUUUAUCUAAAACACACUCGAAAUUUUGGUUGUCCAUGACUUUGUGAUGUUGGAUGUUCAGUUUGUAGUUAACUCAGUAAUUCUGUCAAUCUGGCUGUAAUAGGACUUGCUGUCUUUGCAAGUACAUUUUGCAGUGGUUGUGAAACUUGAAGUGUGAGUGGAGAGCCCCCACUGGCAACAAUGAUUAAAUUCAAAGUUGCAUUAA